AUGCACCUCUCACCUUCCACUAUCAUUGCGGUUACCGCCAUCAUGAGCGCUGCCGAGGCUCGCCCUCACGCCCGCCACGCGGGUACUGCUGCUGCUGAAGACAGCGGCAGCGACAACCCUUUCGCAGGCUUCCUCUCGUCUCUGCUGGGUGCCCUUCCCACGGGUGGCUCGGGCUCUGACUCUGGCUUCCCUGGCCUUGGUUCGGGUUCAGGAUCCGGAAUCUUCCCUACUGAUGGCGCCGCCUUGCCUACUGGUGGUGCUGGAGCCGGUGAAUCGGGUGGAUUUGGCAGCUUCCCUACCGCUACCGCCGACUUCCCGUCUGGUAUCUUCCCUACGGACCCUGCCGCGGUCCCUACUGGAGGCUUUGAACUGCCUACUGGUGGCGAUGAAGAGCCUGGCUCCGGUGUACCUACUGCUACUGGAGGUUUUGGCAGUCUCCCAACGGGAGGUGCCGAUCUCCCUGGCUUUGGAGGCGACUCCUCCGCCACAGAUGCAUUCGGCAGUCUCCCCACAGGAGGUGCAGACCUUCCUGGAUUUGGAUCCGAUUCCGCCUCUGCCACAGAAGGUUUCGGCAGCUUGCCGACAGGCGGCGCUGACCUCCCCGGCUUUGGCUCUGCUUCCGAGGCUCCCACGCCUACUUCUGGCGCUGCCGGAGUCUUCCCUUCGGAUGGCGCCGUCCCGACUGGCGGCAUAACCACUCCGGCGACGACUGCACCUGCCGCUCUCCCUACCUCCGCUGAGGAGAUCAACUGGAGCACAUUCUCUUUCGAGUUCGCUUCUUCUAGCGCAGAGAGCCCCUUCGGCGGCUUCGGCAAGAAGAACUAA